CCCAGUGACCAGGGCCAAGCCCCAGGCCCAGGGCUAAGAAAUCCUCAGGGCCUCGACCCGGCCCCAAUUCUGCUGAUCAUGCCUUCGGGGAGCUGCAGGCUUGGCCCAGAGAAGAUUGGCCCCCCUCUAGGACCUGGGACCCCCGACCCCCACCCACCUCCCUCCUGAGUCCAGGGGUCAGGCCCUCAGCCGCCUCCUCCCUGGGGAUUCCGGGCAGCUGGGUCCCCAGCCCCCGCCUCCCCCUUGUCCUGGGAGCCCAGCCCCCUCCCCAGCCCCUCCUCCACCGGGACCCAGGAAUCCACACCUCCUCCAUACCGGAGUCCAGAUUCCCCAAUCUGUCAUGACCUGGACCCAGGAGUCUCAAUCCCCAGCUCCCAUCCCCAUCAGCCCCAAGAGUCUGGGCCCCUAGCCCCCUCCCAACUCAGACCAGAAGUCUGAACCCUCCUACUCCCCGACCUCUCCCAGCCCCUGGCGUCUGGGAACACACUCCAUUUCCCGGGCCUACCGGCUUCGAAUCCCACCCCCUCCACUCAGGCCCCAUGGGCUGUGUCCCAGCCCCUCCCAAAAUGUUCAGCCUGGCCGGGGGGCCUGGAGCAGAAGCGGUUCGCUGACUUUGUCCCCCUCCGUGCCUCUGCCCAGUUCACUCCCUCUGUGUCUCUGUCUCCUUGUCUCCCCGGCCGGCAACCCGCCACUGCUUUCUGAUCUCUGCGCUUGCACUAUCUCUGCCUCUGGGUCUCCAAGUCUCUUUGUUUCCUCUUCUCUGUGUCUCUGUCUCUCUGCUGGGUGUUCCUCACUCUCCUCCGUCUCUUCUCUGCUCUGCCUUUCACCAUCCUGUCUUUCUGCGUCUCCUGGUCUCUGUCUGUCCAUCCCCACUUCUCUGUAUCUCCCAUCUCUGCCUUCUCCUGUCUCUAUUCCCUGCUCUGUCGCUCUGUCUCUGAUCUCUCUCUUCCUGUCUCUCCGUCUCUCGCCUCUCCUAGGUGUCUCUCAUCUUUGUCUCUGUCUCAUAUCUCUCUCCUGGCUGAAUACCUGACCCUCUCUGCCUCUCCAUCGCUGUCUCUGCUUCUCCUUCUGCCACACCCCACGCACCUCUUUUUAUCUCUGCCCCGCUUCCCAUAUCUCCCCUCUCUCCCCACAGGCAUGGAUCCGCAGCCUCCUCCACCCGCCCAGGGCAGCCCACCUCACCGUGGCCGAGGCCGGGGCCGUGGCCGAGGCCGUGGUCGAGGCCGUGGCCGUGGCAGGGGGGGCGCUGGAGCCCCUAGGGCGCCCCUGCCCUGCCCUACCUGCGGCCGCCUCUUCCGUUUCCCCUACUACCUCUCCCGGCACCGGCUGAGCCACUCGGGGCUCCGGCCCCACGCCUGCCCGCUGUGCCCCAAGGCCUUCCGCCGGCCGGCCCACCUCUCCCGCCACCUGCGCGGCCACGGGCCCCAGCCCCCGCUGCGCUGCGCCGCCUGCCCCCGCACCUUCCCGGAACCCGCCCAGCUCAGGCGCCACCUGGCUCAGGAGCACGCGGGCGGCGAGGUCGAGCUGGCCAUCGAGAGGGUGGCCAAGGAGACGGCCGAGCCCAGCUGGGGCCCGCAGGACGGGGGCUCGGAGCAGCCCACCACGGCUGCAGCGGGGGCCACGGAGGAGGAGGCGGCCGCAGCGUGGCCUGAGACGUGGCCUGCGGGGGAGCCGGCCACGCUGGCUGCGCCCACCAGCGCCGCGGAGCCCCGGGAGUCGGAGUCCGAGGAGGCCGAGGCCGGGGCAGCAGAGCUGAGGGCCGAGCUGGCGCUGGCGGCCGGGAGGCAGGAGGAGAAACAGGUCCUGCUCCAGGCAGACUGGACGCUGCUGUGCCUGCGCUGCCGCGAAGCCUUCGCCACCAAGGGCGAGCUCAAGGCGCACCCGUGUCUGCGCCCCGAGGGCGAACAGGAGGGUGAAGGGGGGCCCCCGCCACGCCCCAAGCGACACCAGUGCUCCAUCUGCCUCAAGGCCUUCGCCAGGCCCUGGUCCCUGUCGCGCCACCGGCUGGUCCACUCCACCGACCGCCCUUUCGUGUGCCCAGACUGCGGCCUGGCCUUCCGCCUCGCCUCCUACCUCCGCCAGCACCGCCGCGUCCACGGCCCCCUCAGCCUGCUGGCCCCGCUGCCCGCGGCGGGCAAGAAGGACGACAAGGCCUCGGGUGCACGGAACUCAGCCAGGGGGCCGGAGGGGGGCGAGGCGGCGGAGUGCGGGGGUGCCUCGGAAGGGGGAGAAGGCGGGCAGAACGGAGGCGACGCCGCCCCGGCUCGGGCCCCCGCCGGGGAGCCCCGCUUCUGGUGCCCAGAGUGCGGCAAAGGUUUCAGGCGCCGGGCGCACCUGCGGCAGCACGGGGUGACCCACUCGGGAGCGCGCCCCUUCCAGUGCGUGCGCUGCCAGCGGGAGUUCAAGCGCCUGGCCGACCUGGCGCGCCACGCACAGGUGCACGCGGGGGGCCCAGCCCCGCACCCGUGCCCCCGCUGCCCGCGCCGCUUCUCGCGCGCCUACAGCCUCCUGCGCCACCAGCGCUGCCACCGCGCGGAGCUGGAGAGGGCCGCCGCGCUGCAGGCACUGCAGGCCCAGGCCCCGACGUCGCCGCCACCGCCCCCGCCGCCCCUGAAGGCCGAGCAGGAGGAAGAAGGGCUCCCGCUGCCCCUCGCAAACAUUAAGGAAGAGCCGCCCUCUCCGGGGACCCCACCCCAGUCCCCGCCGGCUCCCCCUGUCUUCCUCAGCGCCUCCUGUUUCGACAGCCAAGACCACUCAGCCUUCGAGAUGGAGGAGGAAGAGGCAGGACGACUUGGAAAAAAAGGCGGCGGACAGUUGGCCAGAGGGAUGGAGACUGGUGGGGACGCCCCCGCCUGCCUGUCCCCCGUUACACACACUGGACACCAUCACCUCUUUGGAACUGCCAGACCCUGGGGGUCCCCAGUGAGCAAAGGAAGGACACAGCUGCAUCAGAAAAUACGUGGCCCUCAACCAAGCAAGAAGCCGGUGAAGGCGGGGUUGAGAAGAAACAGGAAUGUGAGAAGAUGGAUCAUCCUCAUUCUGUCCUGUGGAAGCUCCGCGCGAUUAUCGUCACCACUGCCCUGUGGAAUCUCCGCGCCUUACUCCUACCACACCCUUACUCUAUGUCAGCGGUGCUACUAGGCACUGAGGAGAAGGGGUCCAAUACCCUCCUCUGAAAGAGCUGCAAUUCUAGCCCUGCAUUAUCCAAC